AUGGCAGUGUGCAGGCAAUGCCUAUAGCCUUCAGUCUUCAGAUCAAUCGGUGUGUAUUAAUAUUAACUAAAAAUAAAUAGGAAUGCUUAACAGGAAUGCCCCAAGGGAUUUUGGCACCUGAGGCGAACCACAAAAUGGUGUUAUGGCCAUUUCCCACCAGGGAAAACAGGGUGAGUGGAGAUCUAGAUCAGGAACAAAGGCAGGGGAAUAAAAAUCUGUAUCAGGAUCUGCCGUUCAUGUGGAUGUUGCCGCCUGAGGCAGCCGCCUCAACUUGCCUCAUGGGUGGGACAUCUCAGAUGCUUAUUGUUAAUAUUUUCUACAUCCCUGGGGGUUCCUUGCAUAAGCAGGAGCUUUUUUCCCAUCUUUGGGUGGCCUCAUUUCUCUGCUUUGCAGGUUAGCACCAGGCUGUUGCAGAAAAUGGCAAUUAUUAGUGCAGACACCUAAUGUUGCCAGGCUCACGACUACGGGUCUUUUGCAGGUGGCUUUUGUUUUUGUUUUACUUUUCAGGUUCGUCUUGUCCCACAAGUGCCUGGCCUAGGUGGGUGGAUGUGGGCUGAGGUCAGUCAAUCAGAAGGAAGGUCAAAAUGCAGACUAUUCCACACUAUUCCCAUUUGCUUUCUCUCUCUCCACCUCCCCUCAGGUCAUAAUAUGAAGGCCAGCUGUUCAGUAUGAAAUUAUGGGCCUAGCAGGAUUUAGCCCUGAGCAAAUAACCAAUGUCCUCAAAUUUUUCAGUUGUGAUAAAAGAGAUAAUCAAUGCCUGACAGAAAAGGGGUAUUUUUAAUACUGCUUGGAGCCUGGUAAGCGGUUGUCAUGGUUUCUGAGCCUAGCACACAGAAAAGAACGUUUAAAAGAAUUCAAAUAAUGACCCUGAACUACACAAUGGAAUAGAAGAGUUUUUAGUUAAAAUGUACUCAAAACAUCAGGGGUAGUGGGCCUUGCGAACAAUAUUCUAGAGGCAGAUUAUAUCACAAACACUCCUCCACCCCAGGCAGGGCUAAGAGAGAAUGGGGAAGAAGAACAGUUGAAGCCACAAAGUUCUCGACUGUGUGCCAUUCUGUAAGUGGCCAUUGCAGCCCCUUUCAUUGUAGGGUACCUGAGUUAAAGGAGAAAGUGAUAAAGAAUGAGGGUAUCAGUGACCUUAAGUCCAUGAGCAUCUGUCGUGUGUGUGUGUGUGUGUGUGUGUGUGUAAGUGAUAAGAAAGCAAAAUACUGUAACAGACAACAUCAACCCAACCCACAAUGCUAGAGAGCCUCCUGUCUUCGGUUCACAUGAAUUGCAAAUAAAUAAAGUAUUAAACAAAGGCUGCAUACACCCAGCAUUUUAUUCAAGAAUCAGUGGAGACAGAGUAUUGGGGUUUUUUCCCCACAUAGCCCACGAACAAUCUAAUAUUUUGCAGAUUUUGUUGCCCUGAAAAGCACUUCUUGAGGGGGGGGACACCAGUUUCUCUCCAAAAAUAAAUGCUCAUUGAAGAUUGAUUCUGCAUUACCCAUUUGAAAACAGAUUAAAACAGUUGUAGGUGGUCCCAGCAAUGGGGGGAGGGUAUAUCCACCCUUUGCCAAGGGCAUUGUGGGUAAGCGUAUAUCAAAAUCGCAACCACCACUUCCUUCUUCAUUCGCCUGGGGAAUGUGCAGGGCAGAAAAAAAUGUGGAUAAUCUAAUCAAGGAGGCUUUUCAAAUGUGUAUCAAUUAGCCACCCCUGCCCUUGUGGGUGGCAGGAUCUAGAAUCAAUCUAGAUUGAAAGCAGCGUCUUGAGGAUGAGCACAAAUGAUUCCAGGUUGAGAGAAACAGCAUUUUUGUGCAGGUUAUUGUGUACAUAACCAAAGUCCUUCCUGCACACAGAAACCACCAUAAAGGUAGGUAGUAAAGGUAAUGGGACCCCUGACAGUUAAGUCUGUGGGAAUGUUCUGGGGUGCAGGAGAGGAUAUAUUGACUAAUUAUAUCCUUAUCCAACUUGUGCUAACAAGUUCCCAAAAUAUCAGCAGAGUUUAUAGACAUUCCCCUUUUAGUUCGCAACGGUAACGUGUGCACAGGUUCGCUAGAACCUCUAUAAUAAUUACUCUGGUAAUUUCCCCUUUGUUCCCUCUUAAAAUACAAGACACGACACAGUCUUUAUAAAAGUAUAAAAGAGUUUACUCACGUUCUGUUCACAAUAUGAUCCCAGAAGGCAGACAGCUUAAAAAGGUUACAUACAUUCAGAAUCUGUCUUGUAGCAAGAUAGUCCUUAUCUCCUCUCUUGUCUGGGAGCCAAGAGGGCAUCCUUGGAUGUUUCCUCAUCGAAAGAAAAUGGCAGAGAGAGAGAGAUGGCUGCCUGCCCUGUGCUUUUGUCAUUACCUGCACAGGUGAGGCCACACCCACCUCUGGUCACAUGCGGAGGAAGUCCGUCCCCAGGAAGUUUACCUGCUUGCUGGACAGACAUCCCUCCCCAUGUUCUAACAUGUACACUCUAGGAAUGUUGUCAUUGACUGCUCCUGUGUUUACAUCCCACAAAGUCCAGUCGCGGACAACUCUGGGGUUGCAGCGCUCAUCUCGCUUUACUGGCCAAGGGAGCUGACGUUUGUCCACAGACAGUUUUUCUGGGUCAUGUGGCCAGCAUGACUAAGCUGCUUCUGGCGAAACCAGAGCAUCGCACGGAAAUGCUGUUUACCUUCCCACCGGAGCGGUACCUAUUUAUCUACUUGCACUUUGACGUGCUUUUGAACUGCUAAGUGGGCAGGAGCUGAGACCGAGCAACGGGAGCUCACCCUGUCGCGGGGAUUCGAACCGCCGACCUUCUGAUCGGCAAGCCCUAGGCUCAGUGGUUUAGACCACAGUGCCACUCGCGUCCCAAAGGUAGCUAGUAGGUAGCUAGUAUCAGAUUUUAAAAAAUAAAUGGUUCUAGGUAUCUUAAUUCACAAAGAUGAGUACAUUGUGGCACUGCACAAACAGCCAGGGCCCUUUAGUUUAACAAAAUAACCUCCCCAAGGAGAUAAAAGAGCUUCCCCAAAUGUAUCAAAGACAAAUCUUUCAAAAUAAAAGGGCCAUGAGGUUUGGGGAAGGCUGUUGACUUCUGCCAGGCCAAGGGCAAGGAGAAGGUUUGUGGUCCCAUCUGAAAGGAAGGUUAGGAACCUUAUGCUAUUCCACCAAAGUCAUGGAAAUAACAGGUCCUAGUGGUUUAAAUGCUCAGUGUUGAAAUGCUGGGGGAAGGGAUGAAAUCUCACUUGAUGUUUGCUAAUAUUAUUUACACAGUUGUGAUCUCACGCCACCUCACAAACAAGGCAACUGCCAGGGCUGGUUAGAGGGCAGCUUGUUGGGGCUGAUAACAGUUUGACUCUACACCUGGGAGCUAAGUGAGGGCCUUGUUCUUCCUCCGCAUCCCAGAGUAUAUUUUGCUUCUGGAAAUUAUUCUGGGUUAGUGUACCUUUUAGAAUAUGCCUAGAUGAGAUAAAGCAGCUCUUUAUAGUAUUCAGCUUUUGCCAAAAAGCAAAGGCAAUUUUGAAUGCAAAUCAUCCUAUCCUUUGAAACACCCAUAUUCUCUUAUUUAUACAUCAUUUCAUAGAAUGGUAUAGUUGGAAGGGACCAUGAGGGUCAUCUAGUCCAACCCUGUACAAUGCAGGAAUAUUUUGACCACCAUGGAACUUGAACCCACAACCCUGAGAUUAAGACACUCAUGCUCUACCGACUGAGCUGUCCCUGAUAAAUCUUUUCACUUUCCUUGUUAACAACAACAGUAAUGUUGUUAAGAUGGAUAUGCUGUUGGUGUGUGGUUUGCAGUUUGCUGAAACAAGUGUUUAGCAGGCAGGGCGGACCCAAGACAUUUUGGCACCUGAGGCGAAGCACAAAAUGGCACCUCCCUGCCAGGGCCAAGAGGCCGGCAGCAUGGAAGGGGUCUGCUGAGGAGAAGGCAGAUCGAGUUUCCAAGAAGCAGCAGGCGAGGCAUUCCUUGGAGGCCAGAUCUGCUGCCUCUGUGGAUCCUGCCGCCCGAGGCGACGCCCCAUCUUGCCUCAUGGGUGGGCCGGCCCUGUUAGCAGGCAUCUAAAACAGUAAACUGAGGACUCCCGUCCUGCCUGAUAUUAAUAAGUAGGGGAUUCCAAAGCAUUUAUUUGUCAAAUGUCGCUUUGUCAAACACUUAAUGGUGCUUAAUAAUAGCUAUUAAUGAUAAAUUAACAUGUGCUAUUAAGGUAAGACGGGUUAUAUGCAGGAGAAAUGAUUUUGAGGAGCUAUGGAAGGUGUUUGUAGAAUUUGUACUGUUAAAACAGAAAAGGGUCAAACCAUCUCAAGAGGUGUGGAAAUUUUGGGAGGUUGGAUAGUUACAAUGGAAUGGUCUCGGGGGUGGGGUGCAAGUUUUUAUUCUUGUUUCUUUAUUAUUAUUACUUUGUCAAAAUCAAUUUUUUAAAAAACAAACAAACCACUUAACAGUAUAGUGGUCUAAACAUGAGCAGUUUAAUGUAGAUCAAUGAUCCCAUACAUCGCAUCAGUGUUGAUGGACGUAGCCGGGGGGGGGGGCAGCUGCUCCCCUCAAUCAAUAAAAUAAAAUAAAAAUUCAUAGAAAACUGAGGUUCUGCCCACUCCAACAAAAAUCCUGGCUGCACCCAUGUCACUGCGUCAUUAACACGAUUAAUGUUAGGGGUGGGCUCUAUCAUUACGAAGAGUCUCUUGUAAGCAGAGGCAGGGUUGACCAUUAGAUGCCACGCUGAACUUGGUUCAGAUCCCAUAAAGAGAUGCUGAACAUUGAGUCUUGGCUUAAGAAACACCUCCCCCCCACCAUCUGUCCAAAAAGAAAUGAUAGUAGCCUAUCAAAUUGGAUUAAUAAAAAUGGAUUAGGUAUACGCAGGAAACCUAUACCGUUUGUGCUGUGUAAAUUUUGAUUGUGAAUUAUAAUAACACAUGGCGAUGUAUUUUGAAGCUUUUUUAAAAAAAUCACAUCUGUUGGGGUUGAUCUUGUUCUGGUCCUGAUGUUGUAUAGAAAGAUGAUGUUUGCGGAUCUGCUUCUGGCCACAGAAAGGCUCAAAAGCGAGAAGAGAUUCCUUAGCAACAUGAUUAUCAAGCUCGUUGGGGAGAACCAGCAGCUCUUGAAAGAAAACAAGCAUUUUAGGCAAGAGAUGAGGAGGUAAGAGAUAUUUCCGGUGCUAUUUUUUCAUCUGUUUGGCUCCCUCUACAGGAGAUGCAUUAUGAAGCCUUCUAGGUCCAGCCCUGUUGCCUUCUCUGGGAUUGGCGAAAGCUGGUGCCUCGUCUUCUCCCUUUCCACCCUCACCUUGAAGCCUCUGAGUCAGGCCAGGUGCUGCUCUCUGAAAACCCCCACCUUCAAGACUCCCGCCAUACAAUUAAUGAAGGAAGCAGAAGUGACCCAUAUUUAGUAUUUUCUCUGCUUAGAGCAUAGGAGGUUCUUCCGUGACGGGAUCCUUGGGCUGCAAAUAGCUAGUAAAAUGACAAAUAUCUAGACAACGGGAGCUCACGGCCAAGCAACAUGUGUGACAUAGGAAAUCUGUUAUUGGAUCUUUUCCCUUGAUUAAAAGUUAUUGCCUAGUGGAGGUAAUUUAGCUUGGUGCCAUGGUAUUGUGGGAAGGGACUGAGCCUUACGGCCUGUGCUGUGCUGUCUUGAAAUAAAAUAACCCCUGAAGCUGCUAUUAGCUCUGAAGACGGCAAUGCAGGUAGUAAUUCUGGUGGGAACUGAAGUUUGGGAAGUAGCAAAGGCAGAGGAUUGAACCCCCUUUUGCCAGGGUCACAGGCCCAGUGCAAAUUCCACCCCUCAGAAACUUUAAGUGAUAAAGAAAAAACACCAGUGAUCUCACUAUACAAAUCCAUAUUUACAGUAAAUUAUUAUUAAGAAUAUUUGUAUUACAAAUAUUUGGAAGGGUAAUUGCUGACAUUGCCAUGAGAACUGUAUUUGAUUUGUUCUAUCUGCUUUUAUUUUGUUGUUGUGUACCACCACGAUAUUCUCUAAAUGCUUUUGCAGUCCACAGAGAUAUCUAAUUACCAAUAUUUCUGAUAAGUACAAUGACAGUCGCAAAUGAUCGCAGAAAGAGUGAGAAGAAGUCUCCCCACAUUCGUUUUAAACCCCGGGGCGCUUUUAAAAAACCCUUUCAGCGCUCAUUUUCCCCAGCCUGCCGUGUUCCAGCCUGUUAUUAUGUCUUGCAGCCUGCAGUAUCCACAGCGUUACAUAAAAAGAACCUGGGAGGAGAUAGAGGUGGAAGACGGAAUCAAGAUCAAGAAGCCAAAGGCUAUAAAGCAUCAGCAGGAAGAGGUUGGAGAGAGAAAUCUGAUUGUUUGAAGACUAGGCAGAAUGCCGUUGUCCCCUGUUCAGUCAUUCCUGCCCCCCUAUAUGAUUCCCCUCUCCUGAGGGGGAAAGAGAAGUGUCCUGCCCUCAAUGUUCAUGCUGCCCCGCCAUGUUGGCGGCUGAAUGGCAGCUGUGGCAACGAUGCCCUACUUGAGUCAGCGUCUCGUGCAAUUUAGAUGAGAGCUUACUCAAGGAGAUCCCCUACAGGUGUUCAGCACCCAAAACGUGUGGGGCUAUAGCAUACCCUCCAACAUUCCUCAGAUGAGAAGAGGGACGUUUCUCACUCCCUGAAACUGACCCUCCUUGACCCCUCCACCAUUUUUAACCCCCACUCACAGAGCAUUUCCACCAGCACUACACUAAUGGAACAAAGCAUACUCACCCUCCGCUGUCCUGAGAAAUUCCUUAAUCCCUAUUCUUUUCUAUUCUUUUUACAAAAUAAAAACACACACCAAUAGAUAAAUUUUAGAAAGGGGCAAGAUUAGACUUGGAUGCACAAAGCAUUUAUCCCCCCCAAAUCAAGACUCCCUGUAUUCUGUUGUGCUCCCCUUUUAUUUCCACCCAGGGCAGUCCUGCCUUCUGUCUGCCCCUCAGAGCCGGCGUAUUACAUGGGGCUGGGUCUUGGCAACGGCAGCUUCUCUUCCUCCUCACCUGCCCUCCAGCAGCUGCUACAAGCUGCCCAAGGGAGGAGGCCAGCAGCAGCGGCCAUGGAGAGGCGAGGAGAAGCUCCCUCACAGCUGCCACUGCUGCCACCACCAUUCAGAACAAGCGCCAGCUCAUCUACCUUUCCAAGCUUGGUGGUGGCACUAGAGGGGGAAAUAGGGACAUUCCGGGAUCAUUUGAGAAACUGGGGUGGCGUUCAUAAUUCCAGGACUGUCCCUAGAAAAUCGGGACAUUUGGAGAGUAUGCUAUACACCAUGUGGGGGAGGGGCCAUUGUACUGGUGUACAUUUUAUAAAGCCACCAGAACAGUAAUAUUUUCUCAACCACCUGCACAACACUUAGCAAACAAUUUAAAAUGAAUAAUAUCUACAUCGAGGUAUUUCUGCACAGGUGUAAAGCAGCAGAGUCAGCCAUGCACAUGUCUGUGGGCCAAAUCUUCUCCACAUUGUUGUGUAUUUGCUACAACAACCCUGCAAUCCAGGAGGUUGGAGCAAGGUUGCUUCCAGGCACAAAAUAUGUCCAGUCCAUUCUUCUGCUUCCUGCCAUACUGGAAUAGUGGGAAUGAAUGGGGCAGAUAUGGGGUCCGAGAAUUAUCUGAAGGUGCUUGAUGCAGUUCCAUCUGUGAAGCUGAGUAGCAGCCUAACGAUCAUGAGGGAGCUGGUGUCAUCUGAGUCACUCUGAGCUCCUUUAAAGAAGGGUGGGGAAUCUUUUUUUUUACAAUGGGCUGAUGACUAAUGGGAAGAGUAAUCUGGGAGCCAGAGUUAACAUUGGGCAUAGCCAGAACCAGACUGGGGACAAAUGUCUCCCUCUUGCCCUUUGCCACCUCAUCUCCCUCUCCCUCCUCCACAAAAUUUGCCAUUCAUAGCUGCCAACUCUGUCAUCUUCAUGGUAAACUGUGGCGCUAAGCUACCCAAAGCAGAAGAUGUUUGGGACAUUUAAUUGAUCCAGUCUCAGUCCUGCAUCAAGUGGCCCUGUUGGCCAGCCAUGUUUCCUUCCAGGAAAGUGGUAGCAUUUGCCUGGUGUGACCCUGAACAUAUAGUGAACAGAGAAAGAAGAACCGUUUCUUUGACAGAAGUGUACACAUUCUGCUUCAGUAUAUUUUCAGUAUGUUGUUUAAAAAUAUAGCUGUAUAAUUACUUUUGCUUUAAGUGGUCUAGAUUGUGUGACUGUCAGCUGGCCAGGCAUCAAGAACACCUAAGGACAAGUAUGGCUCACCAUGGAAUGGCCAGCUGUGAUUCUUCUCUCAUCUCUGAUUCUGUCAGGCGUCACCAUCUUCUAAGCAAUGUGGAAGCCUGGCAACCCUUGGAGCAUGAACUAACAAGGAAUGCAAAGGUAUCCCAGUUUUCACCAGAUGAAUUCUUUUUGCAGGGCACCAACUUUGGGGAAGUUCUCCUGUACAACACUUGCACACUUUCUUGUUCUUGCUAAACCUUGGUUUGGUAGUGUUAUGUGCGAAGGAGUCCAUAGUAAAGCUCUCUGCCCUGUUCAAAUACUAUAUAAAUGAAUAGUAAUGUUUUAUUAAUUGAGCGGGGGGAGAGAAGCAAAGGGUGCAAUGCUAAACCCAUGUAUAAUUCCCUUUGAACUCUAUUAGGCUGUAACUGCUGGCAGGAUUCUGCACCAAGUUUGCUGUUCAGACCAACAUUUUCUUUCCAAAAAUCAAGUCUAUAAAGAGCAACAAAAUGUGAUCCAAGCUAGUAUACAGAUAUUAUUUGUCUGGCAAUCUCAAGAGUCCUUUAUUGACAGUAUUGAGUUUUAUGCAUAGUCAUAUUGUUGAAAGAACUCAGUAGCACCCAUAUCUAAUUUUCUUUAAUGAUGCAUUGUGAGCCUAUACUCUUCAAACUCUGAGCAAAGCAAUUCUAUAUUCAUAGAGGUGCCACUGUCAUUUAGCACCUCAGCGAGUCAACGCUCCAUUACACAGUUUGGGAUGCAAUUUUACAUUUCCAAUGUAGUCAAUGAAAUAAAAUCACCUAAGGGACCAAAAGGAAAUAUUGUUACAGAGUCUCCACUUCCCAAAGCGGCGGGAAAUUAUAGGGCAAUUUCCUCAUGAGGAGAGAGAGCGAGCGCGCUGGAAUCUUAUGGCAUUUUUGCAAUAUCCAUUUAUGUGCAGAUAGACAAUUUGAGGAUGGCGGCAAGUGGGCAGGUUGGCAAUACUAGUCUGUAGAGCAACGCCAGGCUCAUCCAAACACCUGCAUGUCUCACUUCAACCCCCAAAAGCUACUUUUACAGUCAGGCUUCUUUUACCUCUUCAGCCCAAACACAAAUCUCAGGUCUCACUGAGGGUAGGGUGUGACAUAGGUCUGCUUACCUUUAAUGGUCAGGCAGUGCUGUAACCUGGCCAUGGCCACGCCUGUGAUCUGGCAGCCGGCCGGGGAAGAUUGUAGCCUGCCUGUGCAUUGGCCAAAUGCUUAGGUGGGGGAAUUCCCCAGGGGGCAGGCCCAACCAGCCAAUGGGUGUAGCUUGGCUUCCCUCCGGGGGGGCAGAAUAAUUGGGGCCUGCCUAGCCCUCCUCCCCAGCCUCCUUGUUGGAUCUCCCAUCCUCCCUCCCUUUUUCAUAUGUUUUGCUUUCAUACUUUGUUUUUUGUCCAUUUCAUAGCAAUCACCACAACUUUGUGAGGUUAGGCAUAGGGUGAGCCUUAGUCUUGGCUGGAGGGAAGGUUGUAGCGACUGCCUGCCCCUCUUUGGUUAAGGGCAGUGCCAUUUAUCUAGAAAAAGAGGUGCUGGAACCUCACAAAAAGAGGUGCUGGAACUUGUUCUCUUAUAAUGGCAAUGGUGCCCCCUUGAGAGGCACUGGGACUGAAUUCUGAUGAGUUCUGGCUGGAAAAAAAGCCCUGGUUAAGUGUAUCCUGUUAAAAGGAUCCAUGAGGCGUUGCUUCUGUCCAGAGGCCCAGGUGGGGGCUAGGGUCAAAUGUUAUUAAGCUACAACCUUCGGCUGUCAAGUUACGCAAAAGCCCAAACAAAAGAUAUUGCACAACCAAAGAGCCAUAGCCUUCCCCUUUUUUGCGGGAAAUUCCCUUAUUCCAGCGCCGUUUCCCACUGCUUCCUGCUGCUAUCCCGGAUUGUUAGAUAUCCCAUAGACUGUCCCCGGGACAGGUGGGGCUGCUGAUCCCUUAUUUUCGAGGCUGCUGAUCCCUUAUUUUCAAAUCUGAAAAUUGACAGCUAUGCAAAGAUCACGCCUGCAACAAUAUGAUCAUUAUCAAAAUAUACUGAGCAGGUUUAAACUAGCCGUGCACAUACUGCCCCUUUAAAGCAUGUUCAAAACACAUUAUUUCUCUCAAAGAAUUCUGGGCACUGUCGUUUAACCCUCACAGAGUUACAAUUGCUCAGCAACUCUCUCUCUCUCUCUCACAAUAGUUCCCAGAAUUCUCUGAGGGGGGGGGAAUGUGCUUCAAAUGUGUUGUUAAGGUAGGAGGACUAUACACAGCCUACAGAAGACAUGAUUCAAUAUAACACCCUGGCUGUGAAGCAUCCUCAGUGCAAGGGAAUGAAGACAGUGUUACAUCAGAUUUGUAUUCCUAGUUCUCUGGCUGACUAGCAGUAUGGCUGACUAGCUUGUGAUGGAAGCAGUGUGUUAUAUCAGUCGGCUUGGCUUGUGUUUCCCUGUCUUGGGGAAAGGGGGCCUAUAAUUUUCCAGCAGCAUUUACUCUUGACAAAAUGGAAGAGCGUUAUCCAUUUUCUUGACAUGCAGAAACAAACAUCCCCCCUAUUAAUAUCCUAUCCUGGGUGGCAGUAAACAGUGAUUUUGUGGUCACUGGUGCCAUCAUGAAUAAUUAGAUGUUACUUCAAUCCGUCCUCCCUCCCGCCGAACCACUUUGAUCAUUUCCUUUACAAAAAUGUGCUAAUGCAACGGUCUUUUCUCGCUCACCGCAAGGCAUUGCCGCUCUGCUCCUGUUGCCGCAUUUGUCAGCAUUCAGUAUUUAUAAACCAUCUCACUUAUAAUCCACCCUCCAAGUUCAUGUGGCUGCCAGGCUGUUUGCUGACCUCAUGGUUCAACCUAGAGAUGGAUGGAAGCUUUAGAACUGAUUGUCUGAAAACAUUAUUAAUUUUGCGGGCAUCCACUGCAUGUCUGAAACCAAUCUGUUUUAAAAAUCAGAGCAGUUUACAAAUGGGUCAGGCUUCAUGUUGUCAGCUGUGGGGAAGGAGGACAAGGCCUCAUCCAGGCCAGGAGGGGUGGAGAUUUCAGGACCGCUCCUGGGCAUGCGCAGUCAGUGGAAGCUGGUCCAUUAGAGUGCAUGGGGCACUGCCACCUGGCUGCCUUACUUACAAGCAGUCAUGGGGUGGCUGUGCCAGUCAUUGGCUCUCCCUACUGUUGGUCUUCCUGCCUUUGCCCCUACCAGUCCAAUGGGCACUAACCAGCACUGCGUACAGGCUGGACCUACUCCAUCAGCUCUGUGCCAGAAGCAUCCAAGUAAGCAAGCCAAGCCUUGCACAAUGGAAAAGGCCAACCAACCCUUCUCCCAACCACCCGUCUCCAGUCACUAGGCAGCGUGAGCUGCAGAAAAGUCCCUCGUUUGCCCAAAUAUUCCAAUAACGCAUCCCAGGAAUAACUUCCAGAGGGAUAGUUGACAGUGGGCUUCUCCACACUUUGUCUUGUCCCUCUGUUUCCCUCCGGGGAAAACCAUUCUUUAGCACUCUAUCGGAGCAAAUGGCAAUUUGGUUUUUCUGCGAAUUGCUGUGGCCCCUUAAAGACGAACAAAUUUAUUAUGAUAUCAGCUUUUGUGGGUCCACUUCAUCUGGACUAUGAUCUAAAGCACAAAAGCUCCUGCCAUAGUAAAAGAUGCCACCAGUACUUCCCUGUUUUAAGCAGACAUGAGGUUUUCACCCCCUCUGGGGUCCAUAAAUGCAUUUAGCUCUUUAACCACCUGUAGGAAGCAAGUAGGAUUUUCCCAUUCCACAGUACCUUCAGCGAGUAGGGUGGGGUGUCACACAUCCAUUUUAAAUGUUGUUUGUGUUGCUUAAUUGUUAUAUUGGGUUGAAGAUUAGUAUUUUAUCUUUGUUUUGUUAUCAUUUUUAGUUGUAUUUUGCUGCUGUUGUAAAAUUUGGCUUCUGGGCAGAUCAAUGGGGAAAACACACAAAUAACAGGUGUAGGGAGAAACUGUACGUUGUUUGUACAUAAUCACUUGAUUAUUCAAGACAUGAUGACUUUUAGCUGACUCCAUUGAAAAGUGUUGCAUUUGUGGCUAACAGGAAAGCUCUGCUUGUGAAGACACUUUUUGUGGAUGCUGCAAUCGUUAAGUAUGGAAUAUAGCUUCCCCAAAAGGAUGUAAGACUUAUAAAAUCUGUUCUCUCUCUCUCUCCUCCAUCAAUGAUAAAUGUUCUUUUGGAAGAAGACACUGCAAUGUUGGGAAAAGAAGAUGGAAGAAAAAAAGGGAGAUCUUUUCAAGGUACUGGAAAAUAUAUAUGCAGUAGCUAUAAUGGAAUAUUCACCCCGCUCCCCCAGAGAAUAAGAAAUCAGGUUUAAUUUGCAGUUAAGCUGAUGGCAAAAUGAAUUUAUUUUUCUCUAAAUAGAUUCAAAAGUGUUAAAAUCCCUGCUAUGCUACCAGUAUCUCACCACAAUAUGAUCCUGUAACAGCAUUUUGAAAUCUGUUUAGAUAAAACCAGAAUAUAAACAUGUCACUAUGAUCUGGAGACUUAUGUGCGUUCAGCUCCUACUCUCUUGUCAUUGAAGUGAAGAGGGAAGCCAGUACAGCACACAUAACCUGGCACAGAUGUUUUUAUAGUGGAUCUCCUCAAUGUGUGAGUGGUUCAAGGAUAUGGCAACCAGCUCAACAGCAGGAUCCUAUAGGAUUGGCCACAUUUUGCUGGUGCUUAAAAAGUUUCAUUGACUCCUAGACCCCUAGUUUAUUUUUGAAGGCAGUUCUGUGUGCUGGUUUUUAGCUGGAGGAUCUGGGACUGCCUGCUUCUCCACAGUCUGUCCAGGAAUGGAAAACCUUUGGACUGUUGGGUUUUGGUUUGGUUAAAAGAAAAAUAGAAGAAUAAUUCUCUGGACAUCUGGAUCCAGGUCUGCGGCAAGAACUCUUUGGUGAGAGGACCCCGGCAACAAUUUUAAAUAAUAAGAUAUGCAGCAAAGCAAAGUGUGGAAAUAGACCCAGUUAGACCUUUAAAAUAUCCCCCUUCUAAGCUGUUUCUAAAAUUCCCCACUUCCCUUAGACCACACAUUUGGCUAAUUAAAAAUGGUUUACUUACAAACCCUUCCAAGGUCUGAAUCAUGUGCUUUUCCAUACAGCGGCAAGAAAAGGCAGGUGGUAUAACUUAGGUUUCAAUAUGGUAAAGGUUUGUGAAUUAUUUGUACAGAAACACAAAGAUGGUUUCCUUAAGCCAUGCAGUCUAAGCUUGGAGUGUUCAGGUUAGACCUUCUUGCUGGUAGGGUUCACAUGGUGGAAGUGAGAGGACAAAGAGUUUGGUAACCCUUCCUCCCAAGGUGAGGAGGAGUGACCUAGCUAAGCCUGGCAGGACAGCUUACUCUAUGGUCUUAACCCCCUUCGUGCAUUAAUUAGACUUAAGCAUGUUGGUUACAGGAGGCUGAUUCAUUCCACAUGGGCUUCUAGAUGUUGUUCUACCACAGCUCCCAGCAUCCCUGACCGUUGCCAAGGCUGUCUAGGAGUCCAACAGAACCUGUUUUUAAGUGUGGAGGUUGCCUCUACCGGGGAGGUCCACCACAGAGUUUUUUCUAUAAUUUGCCUCCUUUGUUCUCUCCCAUACUCCAAACAAGGCUUUUCUCACCAAAUGAUUCAUAAUUCUUCUAUGUACUUGUAUUUUCCCAUAAAUAGCCAUGCCAUCCAUAAAUUUUAUCCCAACCUUCCAAUUCCAAAACCUCCCUAUUUUUAAGUAAGAUUCACUCUUUCAACCAGCUCCAACAUAUAAGAUUUCUUUUUUUGGGGGGGGGGGGAUUAUGGAAUAACAGAUACAAUUAUGUUUAAAAUAUCUAUAGGAAGUGCAGUGUAAGCAGUGGAAAUCAUUCAAUGAAAUUUUAUUAUUAUUUGUUUAUUGAAAUACAUGUAGAAUAAAUUUGGAAGAAAUUCUUCCUACUUUCUUCUAUUUUUCUUUUUCUAAUUUUUCUUUCUUUUUCUUUUCCUUUUCCUGCCUUUUUUUUCAUUCUUCUUCUUUUCUCUUCUAUAUUUUUCUUUUUUAUUAACAGCAUUAUGGAGAGUUUUGGAUAUAUGUAUGUAAUUGUAACACUUUGUUAAUUGAUUUUGAUUUUGUAAUAAUUAUAUUAAGCUAAUAAAAUUAAAUUAAAAAAUUAAAUAAAAAAAAGGAGUCCAACAGAACCUGGAGAGGGCCACAGAUUCCUCUUCCCUGGCCUGCAGAAACUGUGCUAUGGGUACCCUCACCCUCAGAUGGGUGGCUGCCAAGGACACAACUUUCUCCAUUGCAAAACCCCAACUCCCAGGGACCUGCUUUGUUGGUGUUUCAAUUAAAGACCAUUCUAUUCUACCAGGCUUUGGACAGGCUGUGAGUUUUUGCAAUUGAACUAUGUUCAGCGGGGUUACUCCAUGUUAAACAUGCAUAGGGCGGCAGGGUAAAGGGUUUUUUUUGCUGUUGUUUUCAUUCAAGUCUUGUUGUUUUCUUGCUUUAUAUUUAUUGACAUGAUAGAUAGAUAGAUAGAUAGAUAGAUAGACAGUACAAGUACAAGCCGCCUUUGUAUAAAAGGGGCAAAAAGGCAGUGUAAUAUAUAUGUGUGUGUGUGUGUGUGUGUGUGUGUGUGUGUCACACAUAUGUACAUACAGAUAAAAAAUAAUCACACAUUAAUUAUCUAAGAAGUAUUUUAAUAACAAAAUAUGAAACCAUUACAUUUGUGUAAUGGAAAUUAUGGGUUUCACUCUUUCUUUAAAAUGUUGCAUUUCAUUUGCACUACAGGAACAAGUACUUAUGGUUGAAACAAGAGCAGCUUUGAUUGAACAAGGAAAGCAUAUUGAGGUACAUCAAGGAUAUUUGUAUUCAGUAAUACAGUUCUUUCCCCCUUGAAGUUAGUAUGACUAUCUCUGAUUAAAUAGCGUUGAGAUUGGCUGUGACAUAACCUCAUUAGCAAAUCAAAAGGGAGUUCAGCCAUGACAGUUUAAAAUGGAAAUACUACUUAUUUAAAAUGUCCAGGCCUAAAUAUAUAUGCCUGGUAGAGAGGAGAUCAGAUGGACUUUUUAUGAGAUGUGUGGUUUUUAAUGGUUUUUUAAAAUAAAAGCAAGGCUCAUUCUUUACUCCUAGAAUCAUGCUCUGCAAAUGCAAGAAACCAUUUUGACCUGUGUACCCAUAAACACACACACACACGCUGGCAGAGCGUUUUAACCCAGAUCCUAAUCCAGUUUGGAGAAUCUCCUUCCCCUGGUACCUCUUAAGUAGCCUACUAGAUUGGAAACAGUUAAACAUGGAUCUGGAAAAAGCCCUUUGCUCCAAGUGUCCCUAUUUUCCAGGGACGUCCCUGUUUCAGAGAAGGUGUCCUGGUUUCUGAUUUGAUCCUCAAAUGUCCCACUUUCCCUUAAAGGUAAAGGUAAAGGGACCCCUGACCAUUAGGUCCAGUCGUGACCGACUCUGGGGUUGCGCCGUUCAUCUUGCUUUACUGGCCGAGGGAUCCAGCAUACAGUUUCCGGGUCAUGUGGCCAGCAUGACUAAGCUGCUUCUGGAAACCAGAGCAGCACACGGAAACGCUGUUUACCGUCCCGCCGGAGCGGUACCUAUUUAUCUACUUGCACUUUGACGUGCUUUCGAACUGCUGGGUUGGCAGGAGCAGGGGCCGAGCAACAGGAGCUCACCCCGUCACGGGGAUUCGUUCUGCUGAACUGGGCAACCCAGUAAGUUGUGUGCGAUAUAAAUAGUAAAAUUAUCAUUAAGGAAUGGGAUGUUCCUAUUUUCAUCGGGAGAAAUGUUGGAGGGUAUGCCUUUGGGCUCCUGUGCUGCUCAGCUUCCCAAACACACUAUUUAUGGACGCCAGUGCCCAGGUCUUCACCCUUGCAGCAGUUUCAUGGCCCAAACCAGAGCUCUUCUGGACAACUCUUUCCUUCUUCCACCUCCCACCCCAUAUGAAGUGGGCAGUGGGAACACCUAGUGGCGUGCAGUUAACUUUUUGUAGGAGAACAGCCAGGGCCAGAGGCACCAGCUUGUGAGGGCGAUUGAGGGGUGGGGGUGACGUCACACGUGUGACAUCUUGACGUGCUGAUGUUGCACACAUGACCAUAACCCCUCUCUCCCUAACCUGGGCAGAAGCUUCCCAGGCUUUGGGAAGGAGGCACCAGGGGAACAUUUGGGGGAUUAUCCCAGUCCCCCAAGUACGCACACCACUGGGAAGAGCAUAUUUUUGGUCUAACCAUCACAGCAGAGACCGUGGCCUUCAGACCCUGGGGCAGAGCGAUGCUGUCAUUACCACAGCUCAGGAUCUAAGGGUCCUAUCCAGACAGGAUCCAAAGUCCUGAUUAUUUCCAUAGUGGUCUGUUGGGCGGGAGUUGUGUGUGUGUGUGUGUGUGUGUGUGUGCUGUCAACCCCAACAAACGCACACAUUCAGAGGAUCAGUGAUUAUUUUGCAUGAGGGCUGUUAUGAGUCUGGGGUACACAAUGAAGAAAAGAGCCAGCCAUCCCCCAUUAACAUUUCUGAAGUUGCUGAGGGGAUGCCUCCUUCACUGUUUGCACCACAGAGAAAUGGUCUUGUGAAAGUGCUCCCUGCAUUGUUAGACCACAAGUUUUCCCCUUCUGAAAGAUGUUUCUUUUCAUAAUAACAAGAGCUGCAGAAUCCCAAAAUGUGUGUGUGUGUGAGAGAGAGACAGGGACAAAGUGAGUGUGAUUGAGAGAUAAGUGCAUUUUGUUAUUCACCUGUAAACAUAUGUGUGUUUUGAUUUUUAAGAGUCUUCAGAUGAAAAUAAAUUGCCUGCAGAAGGAACUCAAGGACUCUGAGCUACAGGCUACAUUGUAAGUGUUUGCAGCCAAUGAAAAUAUUUGGGUUGAGGGAUGCUUUGGAACAACAUAGGUGGGUUUUGUCAUAGUUGCAUUUUCUGAAAUUCUGUAAAAAUAUUCCAAAACUGGAGAGAAUUUUUUUUAGCUCCUCUGAUAAGAUAUAGACAUGUUGCUCCUAGCAGUAAAUUUUCAAAUAUAAUGUGCGACCCAUUUCAUUUAAUUGAAUUUGCUUUUGGAUUGAGAAGCCACUGAUUUAGUGCCUUAAGGAAGUUAAUGUUAAUUUAGAUUAUUUUGUUCAAGCCGUCUCUAAUAAAUUUCUUAUUUUUAUAGACAGGCAGAGGAGCUGAGUAAAGACCAUUAUGAACCAUGUUUGUAUGAAGUAGGCAUGGAACAUUUAGAAGCACAGAUGAGUGGAGCAGGAAAAAGAAGCUGUGUUUAUAUAUGGCAAACAAGCACACAUGCUAAAAGACCUGAAGAUGACACAGAAAAGCAAGAGCCUGAAAAGAUGACACAGAAAAGCGAGAGCCCGGCUCCUGCAGUUCCUCAAUCGUCCAGAUAUAACCUAAACAAGAAAUGGCUUGAAGAAUCCAUAGAGAGAGUCCAAGGGAAAGCAGAUCCCAAGACAUCCAAGAAGAAAGUAGUAAGGUGGCUUCAGGCAUCCAUGGAAAGCCUUACAAAGGAAGUUUCAGAAGCACCCAAACCAGCUAUUGAUGAAUGGCUCAAAGAAUCCCGUAAAAACGUUGAAGAGAAAUGUCCUGAAGAAGCCAGACAGGAUGUGAAAGAAUGGCUUGACAUAUCCAUAAGUAACCUCCAAGAGGAAGGUCCCGAGACAUCCCACCUAGGUGUUCAAGAAUGGCAUGAAGAAUCCAUUAAGAGCCUCCAGGGUCUUCAAGAGUCUGAAGCAAAGCCUAAGUUGCUCAGGGGUAAACUAAAGAAGAAACAGCUUGAAGAAUCCACAAAGGAAGCUUCUGAAACUUGUAAAGAGAAUGUAUUAGGAACGCUUCAGGAACCUAUGGAAAACCUCAGAGAGAAGAGUCCUGAGGCACCCAAGCAAACCAUGGAGGACAUUGAAGAGCAAUGUCCUGAAGCAUUUAGAAAGGAGGAGAGCGAAUGGAUAAAAGCCCCCACCUGUAACCUCCAAGAGGCAGGGCCUGAAACAGACCGCCUAAGUAUGCCGGAGUGGGCUGAAGCAUCCGGUAAAGCCAUCCAGGAAAUCCAAGGGCAAAGUCGCAAAGCAACAAAACCGAAUGCUCAGCAGGAGGCGCUUGUAGUGCCAGAAUGGCUUCAAGCAGCCAUGGAGAAACCUCCAGAAGCAUCCAGGCAGGAAGGUCCUGAAACAACCCAGCUCAUUGUUCCAGAAUGGCCUCAAGCAUCGAAAGGUCUGAAAAACGAAGAAGCAAAAGAGAAAAUGAAGCAAAAGGUCAAAGAAUCCAUGAGAAGCGUCGUACAGGAAGGCAAUGGAGCAUCUAGAGAAAAUAUGCAAAAAUGGCUUCAAGAAUCCAUUAAGGACUUCAUGGAAAGGGGUCCUGAAGAUUCCAGUGAGGGUUUGCAGGAAUGGCUUGAAUCAUCCAUGAAAAAAAUUGACGAGCUAUAUCCUGAAGAAUCAAGAGAGGAUAUGAAGGAAUGGUUUAAAGCAUCCAUAAGAAACUUGCAAGAUCUAGGGCCUGAACCGUCCCGUCUAGAUAUACAAGAAUGGCUUGAAGCAUCCAUGAAAAACAUCCAAGAAAUUCCUGAAGCACCCAUGAAGGGUAUCCAGAAGAAAAGUCCUGAAGCAGACAUGGAAAGCAUCCGGGAGAAAGGUAAGGCAUCCAGUAAGAAGGUGCAGAAACCAUUCACAGAAAACCAACAGAAGUCCAUGCUGAAUGUAGGGAAGUGGCUUCAGUCAAACUUAAUAAGCCGCAUACAAGAAAGUUCCGAAACAUCCAUAGAGAAUGUGCAGGACUGGAUUGAAGAAUCCUUAAGAAACGUUGAAGAUGAGUUGCCUGAAGCGUCCAGACAGGAUGUGACAGAGUGGCUUGAGGAAACCAGAAAAGGGCUCCAAGAAGGAGGUCCUGAAGCAUCCAAGCAGGACCUGAACAAAUUCCUAAAAGCAUCCAUUCUGAACCUCAAAGAGGACAUUCCUCCAGCAACUGCCAAAAGUGUGCAGCAGUGGCUUGAUGAAUCGAUAGCAAAUGUCCAAAGGGGAGCCUCCAGACUAGGGGUUCAAAAGUGGCUUGAACAAAACCUGAAAACCAUGGAAGAGGAAGGACCUGAUAUGCCCAGACAGGACCUACAGCAAUGGUUUGAAACGGCCAUAGGAAACCUGGGUGAAACAUGUCCUGAAACAUCAAGACAUGAUGUGAAAGGAUGGCUUGAGGCAGCCAUGAUGAAUGUUCAAGAGCAAGGUCCUGAAGCAUCUAAGGUGAAUGUGUACGAAUGGCUUGCAGAAUCUGCACAGAAUUUUAAAGAGGGAACUUCUGAAGAAAGUAUAGUAAAUGUGGAGGGGUGGGCUGAAUCGGCGAUACAGAGUCUCAAAGAGGAAGCCUCCAAUCUGAAUACUCAAGAAUGGCUUGCAGAAUCCCUAGCGUACCUCAAAGAAGACCCGGAAGCAUCCCGGCAAAAUAUUAAGCAAUGGCUUGAAGAAUCCAAAACACACCUCAAUGAGGUAUGUGCUGAAGAAGCUAGAGUGGAUGUGGAGAAAUGGCUUAGAGAAGUCACAGACAGUUUCCAGGAGGUAGGACCCGAAGCAUUCAAAGGGAACCUGCAGGGAUUCAUAAGAUCAUCAAUGUCAAACCUCAAACAGGAAAGUAUUGCAGCAUCUAGAGCAAGCAACAGGGAUUGGACUGGCAUAACCAGAUAUACUCCAAACACCAAGAUUUCUGUACCGAAAAUAAAACGCAAUGUAUCCAGAAUGAAAAGGUAUUCGAUGCCUCUUCUGCCAACCAAAUCAGUGCUAGGUCAAAUAGUUGAGGAAAGCGAAGGAAGCAGAUCAACCGUUGAAGAGGACAGAACAAGUUGGAAGGGAGGAAGAAACUUGGAGAGAGAGAAAAUCUGGGAGGGAGAAACAAGCUUUGAGGAAGAAGAAACAAGCUUUGAGGAGGAAGAAACAAGCUUUGAGGAUGAAUACCCAGAAGUGCCUGAAGGAAUUAUUUCGCGAGGAAAACAGGUAUAUGAAAAGAGUCAAAGCAAACACAGAGAUUAGUGAAUUCCGCAACUAUUAUGUAGAAUGGAAGGCACAGGGGUGGCACUGCUGAAAUUUGAGACCAGUUUCCCAGUCUGGUCUUUCCAGACUGGUUGCUACUGGUGGGCAGCCAACAGCUGGCCAGUGGUGCAUCAGAGGAGGAGGUGGCAGGCAAGCGGCCUGAGUCUUGAGGCCCUCUUGCUGAGUGAAGCCUGGACUGCAGCUCUCAAGGGAUUCAGAUUGGUGUUAGGAGGCCCUAGAUCAUGGGUAGGCAAACUAAGGCCCAGGGGCUGGAUCUAGCCCAAUCGCCUUCUCAAUCCGGCCUGUGGACGGUCCAGGAAUCAGCAUGUUUUUACAUGAGUAGAAUCUGUGCUUUUAUUUAAAAUGCAUCUCUGGGUUAUUUGUGGGGCCUAGGAAUUCAUUCAUUAUUUUUUUUCAAAGUAUAGUCUGGUGUACCACAUGGUCUGAGGGAUGGCGGACCGGCCCACAGCUGAAAAAGGUUGCUGACCCCUGCCCUAGAUCAUGUGUAGGCAAACUAAGGCCUGGGGGCCAGAUCCAGCCCAAUCAUUUUCUAAAUCCGGCCCACGGACGGUCUGGGAAUCAGCAUGUUUUUUACAUGAGUAGAAUAUGUCCUUUUAUUUAAAAUGCAUCCCUGGGUUAUUUGUGGGGUAUAGGAAUUCAUUCAUUCCCCCCACAAAAAAAAUAGUCCGGCCCCCCACAAGAUCUGAGGGACAGUGGACCGGCCCCCUGCUAAAAAGGUUUGCUGACCCCUGCUAGAGAUUGAUUCUGGGACUGUUAACAUGCAAAACGUGGUUUACCACUAAGCUACAGUUGUGCCCCCAUGUUUCACUUCUAAAACCUGCAUCAAAGGAGCCAACGACUCCUGUAAUUUGGGAACCCUGAACAGCUUGGGGCCAACUUAACCUCAAGGAUUCCAGGGGCAAACAUGAGUAAUCUUUCAGUGUAUGGUACCCUGUGUGAGGCUAAAAUUUGGAUCUUCUUAAUUAUGGAUCUUCUUGAUUUUGCACCUCCUUGGCUUGGUGCCCUCUGUGGGGGAACCGCCCCCAUUGCCCUAAAUCUGGCACUGGGAACUCCUUUCUCCCAUGUGCACCUCCCCAGAUACUGAGAUCUGCUCCAACUCUACAAUUCUAUGAUUCUAUAGAUUUAUGUAUACACCUUUUCCUCUGAUGGGACUCAAUGUAGCUCACAGAUAAAAAUAAGAACCACUGGACACAUUAGGGGGGAAUCCUAAAAACACACACAAUUAAACAAAGUAUUUUAUGAAAAGUUGACAGGAUGAACACCUGAGAGAUUAAAGCCCAAAAGGAGGGAUUGCAACAAGCAAAAUGAGAAGUUACAGAGGAUGAAAUCAGAGUUUCAGCUAUAAUGGAAGAAAUUGGGGAGAUUAGGAAGGGGAAAGGGCCGAACUUCAGUGAACAUAUUUUGUAUGCAAAAGGUCUCAAGUUAAGUUUCUGGCACUUGCAAGUAGGACUGAGAAAGACCUCAUUUGAAAUCCUGGAGAGCUUUUGCCAGUCAGUGGAGACUGAUCUAGCUUGACCAAUGGUCUGACUUGAUGUACAGCGGCUUUCUUCGUUCCUCUCUUGGACUAAAUGUGUCCUUCUCCUUAAUUUUUUAGUCUAAAUAGCGGCUGCUUUGGGGGCCCAAUGAGGAUUGGAGCUUCAGCUCCUGAGGAGGGGCAGAGCCCCACAACAACUCCCCAGCGGCUACUUAGAGUAAAAAAGAGAAAGAGGCACAACACAACUAAGAGUGGUGUGUUAACUUCUGUAUCGCAUUUGACACUUAGGGUGAAAGCAGGCGGGAUCCAAGUAAGGGACACAGAAUCUGCUUGGGGUUUGUAGAAGCUGCAUCUAUACAAUGCCGAAUGAGUUUGGACAUUUACUUGCAAACACACCUGUGAGAUCUUAGGUCUGCUUUUGGAACUCAUAACCAUCCAUGCAUCGGUGCUACAUCUUCACAGUUUGUGCAUGUGGAUACAGGAAGCCUAUCUGCGUUUCUGUAAAAGAAAUGCCAUUUUAUUAAGAGAGAGAAAAAGAAAACCCCCAAGGCUGUGUGUUUUGGGAAGAGGUUGCAUGGUGAUAUCAAAGAAUUAACCAUUGUUAAAUUAAUCAGGUAAUUUAUUGCACUAGCUGCUAAACGUCGCUCCACAGCCUUUUGGGGUAUUAACACCCUCCUCUUUUCCUACCCUUUCUAAUUUACUUGUAGUUUUUAAUGGCCCUGCUUUGCAACAUCAUCUGCUGGUACAGGUACGUUAAGUCUUUCUGAGAUAGCCGUAUUGUAGCGAGCAUUGAUUUCAGGUCAGGUUGUGUAGAAGCUUCCUAAUGUUUCACCACGAAGUGUACAAUGUCAAAAGGAGCCCAUACUGUUUGAAAGUAGAAUAAAAUCAAGGCAUGAAUUAAAAGAUUAAAGAAAGAUUAAGAUGGCGGAGGAGAACCUCGUCACACAGCCUUACUGUAUGAUCUUGGAGCACCUCAGUAAGAUUCUGUUCAGUGGGGUUUGUGUUUCUAGAAAUGAUGCUAACUUUCUGUGUGCAUUUUUUAAAAACCGGUGAAGCUUCUUUUUGAAAACAGGGAAGAAAUGAGGAAAGGGAACAUGUGGGGCCCAUCCUAGAUGUCCUUUUUAUUGUGCAUUCAUUAUGAUUAUUUGUGCUUAAGGAGGCAUGGAGAUGGGGUUAUAUCAGUGUUUCCCACUCCUGGGGGGCGCUGGAAUAAUCCGGGGGGCAGUUGUAGCCUCAGGUGCAAUUGGGGGGCAUUGAAUAAAAAUAAGGGGGGGGUGGAAGCAUAAAGAAAGAAUAAGCUUUCGAAAAACCAUUUGUACAUGUUUCAUCUGUUGUGUAAUGACACUUAUCGAUGUAACAUAUGAGUUAAAGUCGUAAUGAUUUCUUUAUUUCUCAAACAAACACACAAAAUGCAAGUUAUAACCGAUCAGUGGUCAAGUCCACUGAUGCAAAUUUGUCACUGUAUCUUUCUGUUUGUUCACUUAAAGGAGGUAGAUUUUCAGCCGAGUAAUUCCCCCCCCCCCCCGAAAAGGGGGCCCUUAUUGAUUCACUCGUGCUCCAAAAAGCUUCACAACUGUGCGCUAAGACUUUCCCCUUAAAUUGAGAACCAUAUAAGCCAGGGCUGGCCCACCCAUUAGACUUGCUGAGAUAGUCACCUCAGGCGGCAGGCUGGGGAUGUCUGCGAGGGGUGGCAGAUACAGAGAAGGGAGUCUCAUGUGCCUUUGCCACUCCUCCUUUAUCCACGGAUUGGAGCCGCCACCAUUGCAGUCACCCCAUGAGGGGGAAGGUCCCUCUGCUGCCUGCUCACCCAGACUCAUUUCUUGUCAGGGUAGAUGCCAGGAGCAGAUCAGCAAGAACUCACAAGGUGUCAGUGAACUCUAUUCAAAGAAACCAAACAGCUCAGAUCACAGCAACUCUUCCCAGUAGAUCUUGCCCCAAUGAGGCAAUAGUGAGGACUGAAGGUCCCCCCUUCCCCCAGCUCCCUAAGUCUCUUCCUCCCCUGAGGCCUUCUCAAGCAAUCUGAGAUUCCUACUGGGAGCUGGUCGCAGUAGGAGGGGGAGACUCCCUGGCUUCUUCAGCAGCCUGCCUCAACUCUGCCUCUUGCCUCCCCUCCUCAACAGCCUCUGCUUCUGAACUGCUCUCUGCCACAGCCUCUUCCUGCUCACCAAACAGUGUUACCUCCUCAGCUUCUGACACCUUCUCUCCCCAAUCUGCUCCCCCUCCUCCCUCUGACCACUCACCUUCGCCACUCCACCAAUCCCUGCUUCUGAGCCUUCUUCCCUUCCGGGUUUCCCACCAUUUCUCUGCAUCCAGCCAGUCCAUAACAUUUCUGCAUCUCUAAACAUCUUUGAAGGCCCCUAAGGAGAACCUCUGCUCACUGCUGCCUGGAAAGAGCAUGGCUGACGCUGCCAAUGCCUGUUCCUCUUCCUUUUUUUCUCCCUCACUGCCUCCAGUUGCCGGAAAAGGAGGCAGCAGUGGUAGGGGGCAGCAGAAGGGGGACACACCCAUUUUCUGUUUUGCCUCAAGCGGCAAAAUGUCUUGGGCCAGCUCCGCUAUACGCCCUCAUGCUCCCCUCAGCGUCAGUGUUGCAGAGAAAGCCGAAAGCAUGGGUGCUUGAGGUUGAAAGUGAGCACAAUAUGUAAGAUGCUACAAAAACUUGACUGCUUUCAUGCCAUGCAAGUUAAGGUGGGAGCCUAGCAUACACUUGCAUGCUUUUUGGAGCAUGUGUGAAUCUGCAAAAGCCUUAAGCUUCUUCUAAAACCAUUCUAUUUUAAUCCUGUAUGCCUUAGAUCAGUCAUAUAACAAGUGAGUCCCCUUGCAGUUUUCCAUUCCCCAUUUAUUUCCCUAUAGCAAACUGCCUCGGUCUUCUUCUUCCCUUACCACUGCAAGCUUGUUCACUCAGAAUCUUCCUAAUUCUUCCUGUCCAGCAAACAAAGGCUAUAUGUAUACAUUGCUGGCUUAAAAAGCAGCUAGGUGGUUCUUUUGUUCAGUUUGGAUUGAGGCUGGAGGAGGCAUCAAAAUGCAGUAUUUCCUAAGAAAGGACAGGAUAAAUACAGGAUAUGCAUGGAUUGCAGAUAACUCUGGGUGUAUAUCACUUCCCAAACCAACAGUUGAUGUAUUGGAUGCAGAGUAAACAGCUGUAAUUCCAGCCAAAAUUUUACAGUGCAAUGCUAUGCAUGUCUACUCAAAAGUAAGUCCAACUGAGUUCAAUGAGACUUACUCCCACAUGUGCGUGUAAAGGAUUGUAGCCUUACCUUAACCUGCCAACUGCUUUGCAGCAAAGACAUUGUUAAUUCAAAUUCCUACCAAGCAGCAAUGUUCUGCAGCAGGCAGAGAAUUAACCACGUCACCAAUGUACACGGUGCCAAUGCACUGCCGCAGAAUUAAGCAAGUCACCUUUUAGACAUUUUUGUGGAGAACAAGGAAGAGUAAGGGGAGAGGACAACUGACAUGGCAAUGUUUUCCAACUGACAAUGUCGGUAAUGGGAUCAGGAGAGAGACUUUUUCUUCUGGCACCACCAUGAUCCACACCCACCCACCAAUUAGUUGCCAUUCACUGUAAUAUUCAUUUGUUGGCAUCUAUCUGUCCCGAGAAACAACGGAGUGCGCCUCUGGGGGUGAAGCCAAGCCAUUGCCUUAGCAGCACUGAAGUGACCUCCCAAGGCACAAGCCUGAGCAGUGUGUCUGGAGGUCUGACUGCCCAAAUGACAAGACUCCCCUCUUGGCCUCACUGGUCCAAAGGAAACCAAAGCAAUACAUUUGGCACCAGCCUGGCUGCAGGAGUUUCUGGAAGGAGGUAUACAAGCACCAUCCAACCGUCUUAGGGACUCCACUCCUGAUUUGUGUAGGGUUUACUCCUUAGCCUUUUCUUCUCCCAAAGAUGUCCUGCAAGGCAGCAGAGGUUAGGAUCAGAGUUUUCCUUCUCUGAGACAGGCUACCUUCCCAGGUUAACAAGCCCCACCUGCCCCUCACUUCCCUCUACAGCAGCCUUUCUCAACCUGUGGGUCCCUAGAUGAUGUUGGACUACAACUCCCAUCACCCCUAGCUAGCAAGGCCAGAGCUCAGGGAUGAUGGGAGUUGUAGUCCAACAACAUCUGGGGACCCACAGGUUGAGAACCACUGCUCUACAGCAUGUGCAGAAACCACCAUCUUGACUGCUGGACCCACUAUUGGUCUCAUCCACUCAAGAGUCUGUCUUCACAUGCAAGGGAAGUCCUUAAUUCACUGAGGGUUUGAGAUCCAUUGGUGACCCUCCCCUGGUUUAGCCAGCCAGUCGAAGCCGUUUUGCUAUGGUGUGGCCGCUCUCCUCUAGGAGCCACAGGUGAGAGCUGAGUUCAGGUGAGAGCUGAGUUCAGGGUGGAGACCAAAGCUGGACAAAUUACCGUACCCCCCAAAGGAGCAUAUUUGUCCCCCACCAGAGGUAUUACCCCUCUCCUAACACCCCAUACAUAUUAAUUUAUAAUAGUAUUAAUUCAACAAUGUGGUUUACCAGAAGCAAAAUAUUAGAUGAGCUUCCUGGAGGGAAUUUAGUCUACAUCCCUGACCAAAUGGGUAUGAACAACUACACAUUCCUCAUACUAAAAAGCAACACUGUCUGUAAAAGCCCUAAAGAAACAUUUUGUAGAUGAGCUAAAGAAAAGGCAAUGCAUUUCCUAACUGGUUGCAUUUUUCCUUCUUUCUUUCUAGAGAACACCCUGGAAUAUUGUCCAAGAUCAUCCCUGGCACCAUCAUGGCAUUUAUUGUCUUUCUCUAUAUACACUUCAAAUAUUACUGUGUAAUAACCAACAUUAAACCUGUCUAA